GCCCCGGGAGCAGUGUGACAUAAGUCAGGAAGAGGCAGCAGCCAGCAUAGCGCACGCUGCCUCCUGCACUCAUCUGCGGGAAACUUCUGCCUCUCACCCGGAGAGGGCUGCCCAGGGAUUAGCCCCCGGAGAAGGUUGCCCAGGGCCCAGCUGCUGUGAGUGUGGAGUACGCCGGCCUUCCUGCAGAGCCAGAACAGGUCGCACCUCGGAGCUGCUCUUUGUCAUUAUGAGAUGUCGUCCUUAACUGCUUCGUUUGUGCAAAUUAAAUUUAACGACUUGCAGUUCUAUGAAAGCUGUGGAGGUGGGAGUUUCGGGAGCGUUUACAGAGCACAAUGGUUAUCCCAAGAGAAGGAGGUGGCUGUUAAAAAACUUCUGAAGAUAGAAAAAGAGGCAGAAAUACUUAGUGUGCUCAGUCACAGAAACAUCAUCCAGUUUUAUGGAGCUGUACUUGAACCACCUAACUACUGUAUUAUCACAGAAUAUGCUGCUGGUGGAUCCCUGUAUGACUACAUCAAUAGCAACAGGAGUGAAGAAAUGGAUAUGGAACACAUCAUGGCGUGGGCCACAGACGUAGCAAAAGGAAUGCAUUACUUGCACAUGGAGGCCCCAAUCCGUGUAAUACACAGAGAUCUCAAGUCUAGAAAUGUUGUUAUAACCAUUGAUGGUGUAUUAAAGAUAUGUGAUUUUGGUGCCUCAAGGUUCCAUUCCCACACAACUCAUAUGUCCCUUGUAGGGACUUUUCCUUGGAUGGCACCAGAAGUAAUACAGAGUCUUCCAGUCUCGGAGACAUGUGACACUUAUUCCUACGGUGUGGUUUUGUGGGAAAUGUUAACAAGAGAGGUUCCAUUUAAAGGCUUGGAAGGACUGCAAGUGGCUUGGCUCGUGGUAGAAAAAAACGAGAGGUUGACCAUUCCCAGCUCCUGCCCAAGAAGUUUUGCAGAGCUGAUGCAGCAAUGCUGGGUUUCUGAUUCAAAGAAAAGGCCGUCGUUCAAACAGAUCAUUUCAAACUUGGAGUCUAUGUCAAAUGACAGCAAGCUGCCAGACCAAUGCAAUUCGUUUCUGCAUAAUAAAGCAGAGUGGCGAUGUGAAAUUGAAGAAACACUGGAGAGGCUGAAAAAACUGGAGCGUGAUUUGAGCUAUAAGGAACAGGAAUUAAAAGAACGAGAGAAGCGUCUGAAAAUCUGGGAGAAAAAGCUGACAGAACAGUCGCACACACCGCUUUUCUUUCCUGUUGCUGCAAGACUCUCUCAGAAGUCUUUCUUUGAAUCUAAAACAGAGGAGUCCAACAGUGCAGAGAUGUCGUGCCAGAUCACAGCCACCAGUAACGGGGAGGUAGAUGGCAUGAACAAAAGCCUGCAGGCCAUGAUGAAGGGAUUCGGGAAUAUGUUUGACAUGGAUGUUGCAGGACCCAUCCGGCAUUCUGGGAUGCAAAUUAACAUGCAAGCCAGGCAAAAUUCCACCAAAACCACGUCAGUCCGGAAGGGGAAGAAAAUUAACAUGGCGGUGGGCUUCAAUGAUUUUGGUUGGUCAGAUGACAGCAGUGAAUGAAAACCCUAUUGAAAGAAAUGACAUCAUACAUUAUUUUUAGAACUUUCAAUAAUGUGUGAGCCACGAGGUCAAUGUUUUUUGGUUUUGUUUUUGUCCUUUUGUUAAAACAUGCUUCAGUAUAUGCAUUUUUUUAGGUCCGUUUUACGUAAGAAGUUUUUGUCAUGUUCAUAAUUUUGUUGCAUUUGCUUCUAUAUGGUGUAUAACUUGAAAGAUGUAAUUUCACACCGUUUGUGUUAUUGUUUUAUGAUGCCCGAUUUCAGAGGUAUUUGCAUUAUGGUCUUUAUUGUAUAAUUUUAGCCAUACUUUGCCUGGCAAACACCCCUGUGAUCUGUACCGUUUAAAUUACAAGCUUGUGUGUAGUAUUUUUUGCCAAUCGAAUGCUUUUUUUUUUUUGCUUAAUAGAAAUAUUCUACGGAAUUUUUUUUAUUUAUUAAAAUAUUAGACAUGGGUUCUGCUAACCCUUGCAUUGGCAGUUUUCAUUAUUACCUGGUAUGGUCGCAAAGAAUAUAAAGUACAGUAUCUGCGAUGAACAGACAAUGCAAGACAAUUUUAGCUAUUUUUUAUGUAGGGUUCUGUGUUGCCAAAAUACAAUUACACUGAUAUAGCUGGGGAAUCUAAUCUCCUGUGAAUUUAUAUUCGAUAAAAUGUUCUUCAAAUAAGCCAUAUAAUAUGAAGCUAAACAAUGUAGGUAUCCAGAAUAUAUUGGAUGCCAGUAUAAGUAUGCAGUGUCUUAUAAGUAUUUACAGAAUGGAUGGGUCCACAGUUACUGCGCUGUUGUCUAACUAGUUACAAUGAUAAAUGCCCUGUGGAUUUGAUGGGCAACUUGAUAUAAUUCAAGGACGGUCAUCAAACAUUCAAAAGGGCCACAUAUUACCCACAUGUUCCAAAAUAGCCCCACAUACCCUUAGAUUCCAACUUACCACAAAAUGCUUCCACAUGUACUCAGAUCCCCCCCUCCCAUGAAAUACCUCUUCACGUGCCCUCAGACCUCCUCAAAUGCCCCACAGACCUCCUUACAUGCCCCUUAGACCUCCUUACAUGCCCCUCAGAUCUCCUUACAUGCUAUUCAGACAUGAAAGCACACCCCAUAUUCAUCACAAAACCCUCAGACAUCACCACACGCCCCUUAGACAUCCCCACACGACCCAAAUCUCCCCUCAUACCCUUCAGACUUUACCACAUGCCCCUCGCAUAUCUCUGCAUGCCCCUCAGACAUCGCCACAUGUCCUUCAGCCAGCAACACAUUCUCCUCAGACUUUACCACAUGCCCCUCGCAUAUCUCUGCAUGCCCCUCAGACAUCGCCACAUGUCCUUCAGCCAGCAACACAUUCUCCUCAGACUUUACCACAUGCCCCUCGCAUAUCUCUGCAUGCCCCUCAGACAUCGCCACAUGUCCUUCAGCCAGCAACACAUUCUCCUCAGACAUCACCACGUGCCCCACAGACAUGCCAUAUCCUAUCAACACCUCUCCAUAAGCCCCUUACUUUUCCAUCAGACUGCUUUACAUGUACCUCAAAUCCCCAUGUGCCCUUCACAUGUCCCUCAGACCUCUUUGUAUGCACUUAACCUCUUCCACACUCACUGUAUAAUUUACUAAACUGCCUUAUUCCGUUCUUGCUGCCCUCAUAUCCAUAUGUGAUUAACUUUCAUUCAUAACCCUUUUUUAACUGCUCCUUUUUAUCUCUUCCUUUCAUGAUGGUCUUCUCUGACAUUUCAUAUUCUCCAUUGAUAUUCCCCGCUUUGCUUUAUGCCUGUGACUCAUUUCUCCUUCUUAGUCUCCCAACUCGUACCCUUUCAUUUCCUGACUUCUUUAUAGGUCAGUGGCUUUCUCUUAUAAAUGGAGUAGGGGCUUAUGACACUGAGCCUGCAGAGGAUGGAGGAACAGCACCAUGCACUCCAUCCUCUGAUACAGUAUGUAACUUCCCUGCAGAGUGCAGAGGACAUAACGUCAUGCAGUAGACGCUUCUCCAGUUAGUCUAAUUCUUUGCUUUAUAACAAAGCAGAGAGUAAGUGCGAUCUUGAGCAAUGGGAUGGGGCUGCAGGAGAAGGCUCAUUAGGCCGCUGGCGGCUCUCAGACUGCCUGUUGCCCACCAAUGCUCUAUGAUACAUUUGGUUGUGUCUUCUGAAACUAUAGUGAUCAACUACCAUGCAUUGCCGGUCUGUUGGGCAAAAUACUGGCCAUCAGUAGCCACCACAUAAGUGAUCCAGGUAGACAGAUAUGCAUGGGUCAAGCAGAUGUAUUAUGUUCUAAGUUCCAAAGGCCAAAGAACGCAACGUGCUGAUACUGUUUUCGGACACUCAGAUUUAUGCAUCGGUUGUGAUGUCAUUUUGACAUAUAUUUCUAUGAGACCCCACCCACUGAGAACCUACAUUGGGUAAUACUGCUGUGUGACCACGCUGACGCAUAAAAUAAUAUGCCAUUAUCUUUAUGCUAAGGAAAGCAAGCUCAAGCCACUGUGCCAACCAUUCUAUGAAAACCAGUAGGCAUAUACACAUGUAAUAUAUGGAAACGACUUGGUGAUUGCACUUGUCUAAAAAUGACAGUCUUCUGUACAACAUGGUAUAAUAUAGUAAAUAACUGACAUACAUAUCACUUACUCUGCUUUGAUUUGCUUGUUAUUUAAGUUCAGUAUUUCAAUGCAAAACGAUGAGCAGACACCGACUGUGUUGUCUCUUAUAUACUUGCAGGCUAUCAUAGUGUAAUCCUAAACGUAGGAAGGAGACUCAUUCUGCAGGGAUUUUAACCAUUAACAAAUAACUGGCUAGACAGAUGCAGCGUUGGGGAUAUGCCAGAAAAGAUUCUUAAAAGUUGUUUUUACUGUUAGUAUUCUUGUAGCUUACUAGAAUACUAGUUAAUCAUCCAGAUACGAGCGUGGGGUGUACUUUAUAGUGUUACCGAUAAUAGGGCUUAUUAACUGACUAAAAUACCCAUGUGUAACUAUAGCUGCCAAUCUAAAUUUGGAUUUGCUGAAUCUAGAGGAUGCCAGAUUAAUGGAGGUUCAGAUUGGAUUAGCUACUGUGGUUUAUAUCACAGAAGUGGUACUUGUACCUUGUUGUUAUAACGUGCUUUAGGGUGCAUAGUAAAAUAAUCCCGGAAGCUUUACUGCCUCUCUCUGAUUUGUGCAGAUGUUAAAGACAUCUUGAAUUAAGAUACAAAUUGAUAAACCCCAUUGAAUAUACUCAGAGUAUUGUUAUUGGGAUGCAUUAAGCAUCCCUGCUGUUGGGAUACCGGCAGUCAUGUGAGUGACACUGGAUUCCUGACACCAAUCAGGAGACUGCCGCCGGAGCACUCACUGCCAGCAUCGCGAAGAUGAGUAUCUGGGGUCCAGGGUUUGGGCCCGGGGGGGAGGGAUAGGGUUAGGCACUGGAGGGGUAGCCCAAGCCAUCAGCCCCCACCGAGGAUUGGCCGUAGCCAAUACCCCCGGAAGGUUAGCUGUAGCCACCCCCCCCUAGGGUUAGAGUAAGGGGGGGGCGGGGGGGGGGGGUAGAAAUACUUACUCCGGUGUCAGGCUCUUCAGUGUCAGGAUGCCGCGGUCGGUCAUGUGCCCCCUGGCAUCCCAACCGCCGGCAUUUACUAUGUAUUAUUUGUUAUCCAAUGACCAUUGCACCUUUUAAAGUUCCUAUUCUGUUUUCGCCCAGCUACUCCGUACUGUUGUGCUUUAAAAAAAAAUUGUUACAUUUCCCGAUGUAUGGAAAUAUCACUGAUCUAUAUAUUUGUUUUUAUUUCAAAUGGUAAACUAUGACUAAAAUCUGUUUUAUAAGGGAGGAUAGUCUCAAAAGUGGCGACCAGGAAAACUGACACAUUUAUGGAAAUGCCACUUUUAAAUGUGUUGUGUAAAAUGAAGUAAUUGAAUGUCAGAAUUCAUCUAUUAAAAAAUAAUGAAUGAUUGGAUUAUAUUUAAUAUUUUGCUCCUCCACUGUGUGAUUAUUUGUUAUUGGAAUUUAUUUUAACUUUUGUCAUUUAAUUGAUUUUUAUGUCAUUAAGUGAACAUUCUUAAAAGCUAUAAAACUUUAAGUAAAACAAA